UUGAUUUUUGAUGUAUUAAUAGAAAAUCAAAAACCGUUGACCGUACCAAUCUUUACUCACUCCCACCACCAAAAGAUUGAAGCUCCGCCGCCGGAAAACGCUCCAAGAUCCAACAUUUCGAGCUUCUACCUGCAAAAGGAGGUCAAUUUGUAAAUGGGGGAGCUUGGAAGAUGAAGGUCACAAUAGAGAAGGGUGUGGGCCAACAAAUCCAGCCCCCUCCCGAGAAGCCGCCGCGCUGCAAAACCCGUUCGGGGGUCCGAUUGAGAAGAGAAUCCGGAGCUCCGGCUGCGAAGCGGAGCAGCCGACCCGAGACCCCUUUACUUAGGUGGAAGUUCGAUGAGAAGAAUGUAGCUGUGGAGGAGGAAGAGGACAAGUCCGGGGAAGUCGCUCGCCGGAGUAAAAGGGCCGCGAUUUCCUCCAGGAAGCUCGCCGCCAGCCUGUGGCGGCUGCGGCUGGCGGAGCUGCAGGAUAAUGUCGGUCAAGGAGGAGUAGGGCUUCAGUCUCGAGCUGGCCAUUUCAGAGCCUCAAUCCAUUGCUGUCAUGCUGACAGAGAGCAUCGUGAGGAUCCUGACUCUCCACACUCCGUCUCUGGUGCUAAACAUGGCCUUCCCUACAAGACUUUGAAUACAUUUUAUUCUGAAAUUGAAAAUCCUCUUUACACCAUGCAGUUUGAGCCUUCUUCUCAAUUUCCAAACUAUGCAAUGGAGGGUGCAACAAAGUGGGAUCCUGAUGGUUGGAAAGCAUCGGAUGAAGUGAAUCAAAUAUUUGGCCAAACAAAGCCGAAUAAUGAGCACCGAGCAAGUUCUGCAAAAGUUAUAUCCGCUCUUGAGGCAGAGCUGGAGAAGGCUAGAGCAAGAAUCAACGAGCUUGAAACUGAUCGUAGAUCUUCAAAGAAGAAACUAGAACAAUUCUUGCAUAAACUCAGUGAUGAAAGAGCUGCAUGGCGGAGUAGAGAACACGAGAAAGUUCAUGCUAUCAUAGAUGAUAUGAAAGGUGAUGUGAGCAGGGAGAAGAAGAACCGUCAAAGGCUGGAGAUCGUCAAUUCUAAGCUGGUAAACGAUUUGGCUGAUGCCAAGGUAUCGGCCAAGCGUUACCUGCAGGAAUACGAGAAGGAAAGGAAGGCCAGAGAACUGAUAGAGGAGGUUUGUGACGAGCUAGCCAAAGAGAUUGGAGAAGACAAGGCUGAAGUGGAAGCGUUGAAGAGAGAGUCGAUGAAAUUCCGGGAGGAAGUAGACGAAGAGAGGAAGAUGUUGCAAAUGGCCGAGGUUUGGCGUGAGGAGCGAGUUCAAAUGAAGUUGGUCGAUGCCAAGGUGAUGCUCGAAGAAAAGUACUCCCAGAUGAACAUGCUUAUAGCAGAUCUUGAGCCGUUCCUGAAAUCAAGAUCCGAUUCGCAGGAGAUUAAGAAAGCAGAUUUUUUACGGCAGGCGACCGCCUCUCUUAACAUACAAGAUGUUCGAGAAUUGACAUACGAGCCCCCGAACUCUGAUGACAUUUUCUCCGUCUUCGAAGAUGUCAAUAUCGGCGAGUCCAACGAGAGGGAGGUAGAGCCGAGCGUCGGCUACACCCCUGCAAGCCAUGCCUCCAAGAUUCAUACAGUGAGUCCUGAAAUAAAGAUGCUCAACAAAGACGCGUCUCACAGGACGUCCAAUGUGUAUAUGAACCAGAGUGGCGAGCUGGAAGAGGAUGCGAGCGAGUGGGAAACUGUGAGCCAUCCUGAGGAUCAGGUCUCGAGUUACUCCCCAGACGGAAGCAACCCUUCUGUCAACAAGAAUUUCUGGGCCAGCAACGUCUCAAUGAAUGGGACGGAAUGGGAGAAAGUUGGAGGGCAGGAGGGACCAAUAAUGGAAAUCAAUGAAGUCGACUCAGCAAGACUGAGGCAGUUGAAGAAGGUUUCUUCGAUAUCUAAACUAUGGAGGUCGUGCCCGAGCAAUGGUGAUAGUUACAAGAUCAUAACAAUCGAUGGAAGGAACGGAAGGCUCUCAAAUGGUAGGCUUUCUAGUGCAGGUAUCAUGUCACCUGAUCACGGCUCAGGAAAAGGAUGCCUUAGCCCCCAAGAUUUGUCGGGACAGUGGAGCUCGCCCGACACUGGAAACCCACAUGUAAACCGCACUAUGAAAGGGUGCAUCGAAUGGCCACGCACCGCGCAGAAGAACAGUUUGAAGGCGAGACUGCUGGAGGCGAGGAUGGAGUGCCAAAAGGUCCAGUUGCGCCAGGUUUUGAAGCACAAGAUCUGAAACUCCUCUAAAUGGUAAAGGUAAGGUAAGUGGCUGCUAAACCACGUGCAGUGCCACGGGGCCUAGGAUCGUACCAGCAGAGCUAGCGGCUAUUGGCAUUCGCAAAGCUAAGAUAUGGAUUAUUAUAAGGUUAGCUGAUAUCAAUUUUGCGGAUGAGCAGCCUAAGCAAAUGGGAGUAGUAUUUGUAAGUUAUGAUGUAAUAUGUUAAAUUUUAUUCAAGAUAAACCAGUUACUGAUACAGAGGGAAACAUUGUAUCUGUAAAAUUGGCUUCAGACAAUUUGCUUCGUUAGUUGCUUAUCUUCCAUCA